AUCUCCCAUUAAUUCAUAGCCUACCUACAUGUUAUUUAGAUUUCUAAGAAGUUUAACUUUUUUAGUUUUCUAAUUAGUAUUUAAGGCAGUUAUUAAGAUAAAAGCAGAGAUUUAAGUAUAAUAAUUUUAGCAAGCGAAACGUAAGGAAGCAGAUACCGAUAAAAUCUAAUCCUAGGGACAGUAAGUAAGUUAGUUUUACCGCAAACAAAAAAUCCAUCGUCAAAUUUUAUCGGGGAGGAAGCAGCACACCAUUUUUCGUUCGUGUUCCGGAGAAAAUUUUCGCUCCGCGUGAAGAGGAAGAAAAAGAAGCAGCGACUGCUGGCAGGUAGGAAGACGAGUAGAUAAAGUGCUAGCGCUCCGCUGAUUUUUUUGGUUGGUCUGGUUAAAGUGUGCCCCGUAUUUUCGGUGCGUAAGUGCAGAAAGAAGACGAAGAAGGAGUUGAAGCGCGGUAGUAUUUUGGUCACGGACUGGUAGAUCCGUGAAGGUAAAUUUUUGGAAAACUAGUUUCGUGAGUUUCGGAGAGGACUGUCCCAGAUCAGAAUAGAUGCAUCCGUCGAAGAAGAUGAAUGCUGCCGAGCUGGACGAUCACGAGAAGGGCAAGCUGUUUGUCGGCGGUCUGUCAUGGGAGACGACCCAGGAGAACCUGCAGCGGUACUUUGGAAGGUAUGGUGAGGUGAUUGACUGCGUGGUCAUGAAAAACAACGAGACGGGUCGCUCCCGCGGUUUCGGCUUUGUGACCUUUGCCGAUCCGGAGAACGUUGGCCGGGCUUUGAACAAUGGACCGCAUACGCUGGACGGGCGGACGAUUGAUCCGAAGCCGUGCAAUCCGCGAUCGCUGCAUAAGCCCAAGCGUACCGGCGGCUAUCCGAAGGUGUUCCUGGGUGGUCUGCCCCCGAACAUAACCGAGACCGAUCUGCGUGGCUUCUUCAGCCGGUACGGUAUCGUAAUGGAGGUGGUCAUCAUGUACGACCAGGAGAAGAAGAAGAGCCGUGGCUUCGGAUUCCUUUCGUUUGAAAACGAAGCUUCGGUCGAACGGGCCACGGCUGAGCACUUCGUCAACAUUAGUGGCAAGCAGGUCGAGAUCAAGAAGGCCGAACCCCGCGAUGGAAGUGGUAACAACAACAGUAUGAAUGCCGAUUCCUACCAGUGGGGUUCACCUCAGGCUCCUCCGAUGGGCAAUGGACAGAUGGGCGGACCACCAAUCAACAUGCAAUCUAACAUGAUGCAAGGCUACCAGGGAUGGGGAGCGUCUCAGCCUCAGCAAGGUUACGGAGGCUAUGGUGCCACUGCUGGAGGAAAUGCCUAUCAAGGAUGGGGUGCUCCACCACCACAACAGUGGGGUAACUACAAUGCCACCCCACAGCAGACCCAGGGCUAUGGAGGAUACGAUAUGUACAACAGUUCCGGAGCUGGCUCAACCGGUGGAUAUGGAUCGGGCAAUUGGAACACCUGGAAUAUGCCCCCAAAUACUGGAUCUACCGGUUCAGCGGCCGAUAUGUACUCGAGGCCACAAUCUGGCCCAGCGGCUGGUCCGGCAGGAUCGGCUGGCCCAACGGCUGGAGGACCAUCAAAGCCCGGUUCCGAAUACGGUGGAGGAUCUGCGUACGGAUCUGCUGCUGGAGCUGGUGGAUACGGUGGAUACUAUCAAAACGAACAGAACACAGCUGCUGCAUACAACCGACCACGAUCGGCUUACGGUGGUGGCAACGAUGCUUCUUCCCAACCUCCCUAUCCAGCAUUUUGAGAGAUGACGACAAGCAGGAUGCAACUUCCGCCGCAGCAGCAUCAGCAAUCGCAACAGCAACAACAACAGCCGAUGCCGCCGCAGCAGAUGCAUUUUGCCCAGCACCAUCAACAACAGCAACAACAACAUCAUCUCCAGCAGCAACAACAACAGCACAUUGGAUCCGGACUCGGUGGUAGUGGCGGCACGGGUGGCAUUCCCGGCGUUGCUUCUAUCACUGCAUCCGGCACUAUUGGCGGUAUCAAUCCUUCGGCGGUUGCUGCGGCUGCUGCUGCAGUUGGGGCAUCCUCCUUUGAUCGAAGCCUGAUUGGAACGAAAUCUUGAACGCAUUGUGAAGAGAUGAGAGAACUAUUUCUUAUUAUUUUAAACUUGAAAAAAAAACUAAUUAUACAUAAUAUAUAUAUAUUACAAAAACAAGAAAGCACUAUCUAAGGAAAAGGAAACAAUUAUACAUAUAUUAUUAUUAAAAGAGAAGUAAUAAACGCAAAGAGAAGUUUUACAUAAUGAAUGGGAAACAUCAUGUAGAGGCACAGACACACUCAUACACCCUCAGACACAAAGACAGAAAAGAAAACAAGAUAAGCUGAUCAAUUGGAAGAUAAAAAAAAAACAACUAAGAAAAAAACUGGCAAACAUCGUAAGCGUAAGCGUAAAAUAGAAGAGCCCCCAUUUAAUAUAAAUAAUACAAAGCAAACAUAUGAAGAAAACUCUAAUAUUGAUUAGUCUUAGGAACGAAGCAAACAAACAGAAUCGUUAAAAAGGAUAAAAAAUUGUUCAAAGCUAUAUUAAUAUAAAAAUGACAGAAAACCAAAAUAAAAGGCAAAAUUUUUGUGAGAAAAAUUACAAACCAACAAAAUUUAUUCACUUUGCAGUAAUUCGGCGAGAAAAAUCUGUCAUCUACUCUACUGCAUGAAUGAUGCGAAAAACAUCGAUUUUACUGAGACGCUAAAGCUAGAAAUCUGAAGAAUCGCGGAAUCAACGUGGAAAACAAUAAACUCUCACGCUCACAAAGAAAUUCACUUUUGCAUUCGUAAUACAUUUUUUUUUUCAGCAAAGCCAACCAUUAAAAGUAAAAUCACAGUAAAAGAAAAUCUUUCAGUAGUGUGAACGAUAAUCAAAGAUCUUAGACUCAGCCGUGUAUUUUUUUUUAAAAUAUUCUAGAACCACAAAUCAAGAUUUAGGAAGAACUACAACAGUACUGAACCUGUUACUCCAAUGUAAACCGCUCGGCUUUCGGAGUCGAUGUUUCAUUUCUACCCUCACCCACACCUUAUGAACUUUUUUUGUUCUAAAAUUUUUUUCCCAUACCUUAUAGUUCGUUGUGGUAAUAGAAAAAUUCCUGCUACGGGAAGCAAAACUUAAGAUUUAAAGCAAAAACGAAUCAUUCACUGAAACAAUGAUGAUAACUUUACCUAAAACACACAACACACAGAAUAGUAAGCAAAACACAAACGAGGAAGAAAACAAAAGAAACAAAAAAAAACAGCAAAAUCCCGUUGAAAUGCAUGAUGCUUUGAGUUGAAGGGAAGUGUCCGGUGAAGCGGUCUGGUCCACCUGUUUGGUCGGAUCUUGUUGACGCGUAUUCUUGUCGCAACUGAAGAAAGGCUACCCAUCGCUAAUCGAUCCAAGCGGUGUGCGACCGUUUAUCGGUGUUUCCCUCCCUGCUCGAUGAAUAUAACCUAAAGAAAAUAGUAAGAAAAAAACUCGUUUGUAACCUUUUUUUAAAUGUUUGUUUUCUCUAGAAACGGAACGAUAAGGAUCAUAGAAAUACAUUACUAUACUUAAUCAGGUACCCAUAAUAAUUAAAAGUGAACAAACAAACAAACGAAAUAUUUAACAGUAGGGAGUAACAACCUAAACUAGCAAGGACAAAAGCCGAGAAAGAAGGUUUCGGGGAAUGGGCGUGUGUGGCAAAACUCGUGAGUGAAGAACGUGAGGGAGUUUUUCGGAAAAGACCUGUACACAAACGAGGUCACUUCCACUGAUUAUCAUCACUGACCGACACUUUGCCACUUGCCGUCCCCGGAAAACGCGUUUAAAUAAUUUUCCAUGCUUGCUAUGUGUACACUCUUCUAUAAGAAGCACCUUUAGGAGGUUUAAAAUACCUGUUUUUUAAAUGAUAAUUUUUCCUAUUUUUGUGGAUAAGAGACUUGUCAAGUCGGCUCAGUUAGACUUUUUUUUUAUAAAUUUAUCAUUAAAAUAGUGUACUCGUCGUUUGUUCUUUUUCUUUUUGUUCUGUUUUAAGUUUGUUUUUCCACCGGUAAAUUCGUUCGUAAGGCUACAUUUUAAAGAACCGCGCAACACGCUAAGCUGCUCCUCCGCAUUUUUUGUUUUUUCUAUUCUACUUGAGGUUCGGGGCGGCUAAGGUCGGUGUGAGCAAGUUACAAAUUAAAAUCCUUAUUAGUAAGCGUAAAACAACAAAACAAAAAACUUCAGCACUCUUAGAGGUACGAUUUAUUUUUUUCUUUCUUUCUAAAUUUAACAACCACGAACUGUAGAAAGUGUUAAAAUCAUGUUUAAGGCCAGACCGAGAAUCCUUGUAAUAAUUGUUAGAUUUUGAGAUACUAUAUAUUGAUGAACAGGUAAAUUUUAAGCAGAAGGAAGUGUUUCUGCUUUUUUUCGUACAACUUGGCGAGCUAGAAACUUUCCUUCUCAAAAGUGUCGCGUUUAAGCUUAAUUUAAGGCAGAAAUGAAAGAUACUCCUAAUGGAUUCGUUUUUUGUUUGAUUUUUAAGAUUAACUAACGAUUAGAAAGCUGAUGUUGAGCAACUGAUGAAACUGAGAUAUGCGUAUUUAAAGAGAAAAAAAACCUUAAAAUAAAAACAAGAAGCAAAAGCGCGAAACGAAAGGGUAAAGAUCGUGUAGUAGAAUAUUAUUAUGGGUAAGUUUGAUGAUAAGUCUGUAAAAUUCAACAACCACCAACAAUAACAAAAACAACAACAAAUUAGCAAAGCUGAGACAAACAGUCACAAAUUGUAUAAGCUCCCAGAAAACAAAUCUAGAAAACUGUGAAUUCUUUUCUAAUAAGGCAGUACACAUUUAAGAGGAAGUCAAGAGGAUUUAAAUUUUAACGAGCACUCACAAAGCUCACAGAAAGCUGAGUCUAGAGUAGAACAUAAAAAACAUACAUACAUACGAACAACACACUCACACACAUACACAUGUGAACUCAAACCUGAUUAGUAAAGUUGAGUGGUAAAAAAACCAUAGAUCCGGUUAAGAUAAAUUUAAAGAAAUUGAAACCAAACGAAUAACUAUCAGCAAAAUUGAGUUUCCUUUGCGUUUAUGUUUUCCAAAUCCAAUGAAGAAUGAAUCAACAUAACUAAACAACUAGAACCGAGGCAGAGAGAGUGAAAUACUUCUAAAAAUUGCUCUUUUUGCGUACAACAUCGUAGGACAAACUCCCAUUUUUGAUGAAUGCUAAAGAAAUCGAACAAAGUGAUAUAGUAAAAAUUAUGAACAUCAAACACUUGGAUGAUAAGAGUGGAAGUGGAGAAAUUACCUAAAAUCAUCUCAAAUCCUACAGCAGAACAGUUUUAUACUUUUUGUGCGUGUGUCUGGAAGUGGAAUAAUUAGUUUUCUUCGUAAAGAUUUGUACAAAAAAAAACAACGUUAAAAGAACAUUUAAGUAAAUUUAACCUUACACACAACACACAAUCUCUAUUUACCUGAUCCCCUUUCCUGACUUCAUCAUCCACCCACAUACACAAACGAAGUGGCGGAAUGUUACUCCCGUUUGUGCAAGAGUGGUUCGUCCUUUGUCCAAUUUCCCUAAUUCCAAAUGCCAAUCACCCGCCCACCAAACAGGAAAACAGUAAAUAGAGCAAACAAUCAAUAUUGAGUAAAUUUAAUUAAUCAUAUUUAAACUGAAGUGAUUUUGCGAAACAAAUUACAGAUAAAAUCUAUUAGAGAGAGGUAAAAGCUUAAAACAACAAAAAAAAAAACAAAAUCACAACUUGGAUGAGGGUGAGAAUUUUUUCCUUUCCUUGGCUUUAUGUUAUUCCGUUUUAUUUUUUUUUCCUAAUUCUAAUUAAUCGUAAAUAUAUAUUAAACCAACAAGUAAAAACAAAAACAAACAAUAUAAUCGUCAUUUAUCACAUCUUUUUCGUUAGCUUUUUUUUUGUUCAAUAUUUUAGUUAUUCGUAUGUCGCAACGACGAUUGAUUGGAAAGAGACCAGAAGUAAAAAGAAAAAAAAAAUCAUUUAAAAAUUAUACAACAAAACACAACAUCUUAUCGUAAUAGUAGUAGAUAUAUUAUUUUUUUUUUCUCGCAAGACAAAACAAACAAUAAUAAAGUGCUGAUUCUUUUUUUUUUUUAAUAAAUCCUGUUCAAAUACAGUAACAAAGAAUGAUGAAAUAAAAUGCUGAAAAAUA